CCUCCGUCAACGAAUGAUAAUCGUCUCCUCUCGAAACCGCUAUCCAAAUCUUAACAAACUCGAACUUUCACCUCCUUUAGCACGAUGAAGAAUUUUUACGCUACCUUUUUAUACCGAAAUCUAAAAUUAGUACGGCUACCUUUACAAAAUUGGGCAGUAUUUUAUCAAGUCCACUACGUGGUGGAAAACAAUUUAGUAAAAUUCGUCCGCUAACAAAAUGUGCAUAUUACUGUUUUGAGCAAAUGUGUAUAAAGGCGUGUAAAGUGUGCAAAAGUCACAAGUUUUCGUAAAUUUAAGGAGACAGGAUAGCUACUGACAUUAGGAAAUAUUGGAAACUUUUAAAUAUGUAUGCAGAAAGUGAUAAAUUUCCCGAUUUGGAGGCGCUACUACUUCUCAGAAUGCGGAAAUUGUAACGAUUUCCGCCCCGACGGUGUCAAAAAGGUUCACCCCCCACAAGAAAAAUCCCGUACAAUGGAUGACGAAAUCCUUGCCGCUCCCGAGGUCACGAUUCCUUUCGAACCCAGCGAUCCCUCCGAGGUCGUCGUCAACCUCAUCUCAUCUGAAGAGGAAGAUGACGACGACGUUAUCCAAAUCGUGGAGGAGAAGUCCGUCGACAAAGCGGAACGACAACGACGCCGACAGAAAAAGAAGGAUCUCUGGGCGGCUAGGAAAUUACAGCGGAACAAAGGACAAAAUGUACCGUUACAAACGGCAUGGCAGCGGGGACCACGCCCACAAGAAACGAGUAGUUUUCCUACUCCGCCACAGCAAAGUGGAGGAGCACAGCAGAAGCCUCUCUCACCGAUAUUAAUCUCAACUGCGGGAUCGCCUAACACAUCCGGGGCCCCCACGCCCGCCAAUGUUAGUCAACAGCCCACGCCAACGCCUAGCUUUGUUCACACCACAGCUUCCACAUCGACUCAUCCAGAAAUCAGUCUGAAUAUUAAUUCGGAUCUCGCCCUACUAAUCAGAUUAGGGCCGGACGGGAGACCGAUUCUAACCCGGGUAGAAAAUGUGGAACAAAACAAUACGUCCACUUCUACCCCCACGACCACCCGAAAAUUGCCACCCGCCCCACCCCCACCAAAGAUAUCAUUUGACACACAAACGGGUGAAAGCUUGUUAAACGGAGAGCUAAUUACGAGGCCAAUUAUAGACAUUACUACAGAUUCGCCACCUUCAAUUACUCACGCCGCUACCGUGUCUCCUCAAACCUCAAGAACUUCCGGGCCCCCGACCUUAUCCCCAAUAUCACCUCCUCCCCGCACCACACAAUCAAAUCCCGCCCAUCCUCCCCCACGCUACGAACCCCGCAAAUCCCGCCAUCCGCCUCGUGAUCCGCUCGCUUCCUCCUCCUCCUCCUCCUCCUCCUCUCCAUCCCCACCCCCCACCUCCCGAGCCCGUCACACCUCCUCCGCCAACAUCCCUCCCCCACUCGAACCCCUCUUCCUGAACACCACCCAACUCAUUCACCUCAUAAAAACCUGCCGUAAAUGCGAAAAGAGCUUCCCCACCCGGUGCGACGGGGUCAUCCAUCAGAAAAAAGAGCACAACCGGAAACACUGUCCCGUCUGCUUUUUAACCCUUUCCCGCCAUGGAAACACGUAUAAAGAUCACCUAAACAUGUACCACGCCCUCGAGGGCGACAAGGAGAUGGUGGUGUGUCCCUUCUGCGCGGUGGAACACAGCUUCGACGGGCUGUACAACCACAUCGGCCGGAGUCACCUGAUCCCCGUGGAAAGCAAGGGGGAAUCCGAGCAUGAAGUUAUUUUCUCUGUGGCGCCAUCUCCACAGAGUAACGGACACCAAACAAGAUCUGUCACACAGGGGAACACUCCGCCAAAAAAUGAUACAAAUUCCCCGCCAAAUCUGGAAAAACGGAGGCCAGGGCCGGCGUCCAAAACGAGGAAAACUACAAACGAUCCGGUACCAUCGACAAGUAGAACGGGACUUAUCUGCCAUAAGUAUGUUCCUGAUGUCGAAACGCCACCGUCCAAGGCGGGAAGGAAUUUCGAAUCGAGAGCGGGAAGGAAUUUCGAAUCAAGAAAUGUCUAUCCGCCUGCGACAAACCGGCUAAACCCGCCAAGGAACAAAAGCCCGCCAAGAAAUAAAAACCUGCCAAGAAACAAAAGCCCGCCAAGAAAUAAAAGCCUUCCAAGAAACAAAACCCCGCCUCCAUCCUCAUCCAGGUCAUCCUCAUCCAGGUCGGUUAGUAAUAAUCUGCGCCGGAAAAACCCAACUCCUCCCCCGCCGACACAACCCCCGCCCAAAAAAGUCGCGAAACCCGACGAGGCAGGAAUUAACGAAAAGAUUCAAGCAGCUAUAAAAGCAGUAAAUGCGAGGGUUCACAUCGAACGUAGCGUGCAUCACCCGAACAAUAGGUCGGAUCGUGAAAUACCUUCAACUUCCCGAACAGUUACAUCAAGACAUAAAGUCCCCACGUCGAAAACAUCGGGGAAUACUUCGGUUAGAAAAGACCCCAGCCCGCCACCACCAUUGCAAACCCCGCCAAAAACGACUAACCUUGAGCUCAGCAAGGUUCAAAAAGCCAGAAUAGUCGAAGACGUGAGGUCCAUUGUCCGUGACGUGAGGAUCACUCGGGUUUUGGAUGAUGGUGAAGUACCCUCGACAUCUCGAGCGGUUGAAGAAGAAAACCCCACCCCUCGUUCCAAGGACUUAAAAGCGAUCCACAUUUCCAAACUGAACCUCAUCUAUCAGCAGUUGAAGUGCUACCCGGACACUAGCGUUAUUGCCAACGUGGCAAAAGAGUGUGGCGUCGAGAUUCCUGUUGUGGCGAAAUGGUUUACCAAAAAGCACAUGGAAUACUGUCAGAAAACGCAGCAGCGUAAACGAAAACGAAAACCUCCGGAACUUAGAUAAUCUAACACAAUUUACAUAUGCACGUACAUACUCAAUGUUAGAAUCGCAUCAUAUUUAUUAAUCAACAAAAGAUAUGCAAACCUCAUAUUUUCAGCCGGUACUAAUUAAUAAUAUGUACCCCGAAAUUAUACGUAAUACUCAAACAGGGUUUUUAAAAUUCAGUUUUUAAAAAUGAGGCUAUUUUACAUACACGGAGAAAAUGAGAUCUUUAAUCCAUGAAAAUUUUAUGAAUCCAUCCAAGUCGAAAUUGGCAUUUUAGCGUCGUAUUUAAAUAAUAUUUAUGUAUGUCAACUAGUCACCACAGUUUGUCGGUAGAUCUUGUUUUAAUUUUUUUAAAUAAAGGGUUACAUUACUUUGAGUUUUUAAUAAGAGUUGGGUUGAAUUAUAGGGAAUAUUUAAGUUUUCAUUUUACGGAAUUGCCUCCAAAAAUUGUGUGCCUUUCCAAGUUUUUCAAAAUUGUACAAAUCUUUUAACUUUAUCCUUGCAUCAUAAGUCAUAAUAGUACAUAAAUAUCUAAAUAUAUCACGGUCAACUUUUAUAACUGUAGAAGAUGUGUAGAAGACAUCACGAAUUAUGUAAAUAUGUUUUAUUUAGAUAUUUAUUUAGUAUGUAUGCUUUUCGAUCAACUUUUUUAAUUCAUAAUUUUGGUUAUAUUCAUAGUACGUACAUAUUUAAUUCGUAGUAUUUAUUUAUUUAGCUGCAUAAUUUUAGUUUAAUUUGUGAUAUUGAAAUUUGUUUGUUUGUGCUGACACUCUUUGUUAAUCAGUAAGUGUUCCCAGAAUAAAUUUUAUUUUUGUAU